AUGCUACCCACAGCCAGCAUUCUCCCACUGCUCUUCUCGGCCCUACAGCUUGCCGUGGCCGGGAACACACACGCCAACAACGCUGAAGGCAUCAUCCAACGUUCCCCAGCCCACCCCCAUCCAGACGCAGCACAACUCUCCCGCCGGCAAGCCGUCUCCCCGCAGUGCGGCCCAGCAGGCGGCAACCGCCGCUGCCCCAACAACCUCUGCUGCUCCGACUACGGGUACUGCGGCGAGAAGCCAGACUACUGCGACGUGCGCUGGUGCCAGGUGCAGUUUGGGCGGUGCGGCGACGCGCCACCACCACCUCCUCCGCCGACGACGACGACGACAUCCGGCACGACCACCACGACCAGCACCACAACCGCCACGAGAACAACCACUGCGACCUCGCCGCCCGUGCCGACCGGCAGCCUCGUCGCCAGCAUCAACGGGCAGUGCGGAAACUCGACCACCUGCGCCGGGUCGCCGUUUGGCAGCUGCUGCUCAGAGUACUACUGGUGCGGCAGCGGCGCCGAAUACUGCGGCGUGGGAUGCAGGGGCUCGUUCGGCACGUGCGGGGACGGCUCCGUGCCGCUGCCGCCGCCUGGGCCGAGCACGUCUACCUCGACCGUGCCGUCCUCGAGCACCAGCACCAGCACCAGCACGAGCACCACCGUGCCACGGCCAUCCAACGCCAGCACCAACGGGAGGUGUGGUGUCGACGCGGGCAGAUUUACUUGUACUGGGACAAACUACGGGCCAUGCUGCUCCGACUAUGGUUGGUGUGGAGACGGGCCCGACUAUUGCACACCACUAUACUGCCAGGCUGACUAUGGCACAUGCGGUUGA